CUGCUUUAGAUCAAGGGGUUCGAUGACAGACCCGUGAAAGUUCUUUUCCAGGUAUCUCUUUCCGUCCCACACGGACCCAGCCCUACGGUUUCCCAGGCGGCCGGUGACUCGGUGGACCGCUGCCCCUGUGAUGAACCCGAACGGGACCCCACGGUCUCCACCGGCUCCGAUUGCGGGGCGUGGCGGGGCACUGAACGGGAUGGCGAACAAAAAGUUCAGACACCGAGGCCAAAUUGGGGACGACUGACUCACUUGUUACCGGAUAUUCGAUAUAUAACUUCCCAAUUGCAGUGGUUAAAAGCCACCUGUGUAGAGCCAGUCGCCCAACAACCUGCAGAAUCAAACAUGUCUCAAUUGCCCACCAAAAAUUGCGGCGUUCUGGGCUGCACCGGCUCGGUCGGCCAGCGGUUCAUCCUGCUGCUCCAGCAACACCCGUCGCUCCGUCUCGUAGCCGUCGGCGCCUCGUCACGAUCGGCCGGCAAGAAGUACCGCGAUGCCGUGCGGUGGAAGCAGGCCAGCCCCAUUUCGCCCGAGGUCGGCGACCUGGUGGUGCGCGAGUGCAAGGCGAGCGAGUUCGCCGACUGCGACAUUGUCUUCAGCGGCCUCGACAGCGACGUGGCCGGCGAGAUCGAGAAGGAAUUCCAGCUCGCCAACCUGGCCGUCUUCUCCAACGCUAAAAACCACCGCCGCGACCCGCUGGUGCCGCUCGUCGUGCCCACCGUCAACCUCAGCCACCUCGACCUGAUCCCGCACCAGCGCAAGACGCACAACCUGCGAAAGGGUUUCCUCGUGUGCAACAGCAACUGCGCCGUCAUCGGCCUCGUCAUCCCCUUCGCGGCGCUGCAGGCCCGCUUCGGCAAGAUCGACACCGUCUCAGUCGUCACCAUGCAAGCCGUCUCGGGCGCGGGGUAUCCCGGCGUGAGCAGCAUGGACAUUAUCGACAACGUGGUGCCCUUCAUCAAGGGCGAGGAGGACAAGCUCGAGACGGAAGCGCAAAAGAUCCUGGGCACCAUCAACGCCGAGGCGACCGCCUUUGAGGAUCAGACGACGCUGCGCGUGUCGGCCUCCUGCAACCGCGUGCCCGUGAUGGACGGUCACACGGCAUGCGUGUCGCUCCGCUUCGCCCAGCGCCCGCCGCCAACGGCCGAGCAGGUCAAGGAGGCCAUGCGCAGCUACGUCUCCGAGGCACAAAGGCUGGGCUGCCCUUCGGCGCCCGAGCCGCCCAUUAAGGUGUUUGACGAGGACGACAGGCCGCAGCCCCGGCUGGACCGCGACCUGUCAAAGGGCUAUACCGUCAGUGUCGGCCGCAUCAGGGAGGAUGAGAGCGGAAUUUUUGACAUCAAGUUUGUCGCCUUGAGCCACAACAGUCCGUCAUCGGUGCUGCUGGCUCGUCCAUCCUAAACGCGGAAGCCGCCGUCCUGAAGGGCUUUAUUUAAGUGUUGUGUCAUGAUGCAUGCAAAUGCUUUUAAUAUCGGAGUUAGGUAGCGGCAAGGGUUAAGACGUUGAUAGCUGUAUACCACGAACGACUCAGUGAUAGCCUUGCGGUGAGACGUCGGGAAUAUCCGGACCUGUGCAGGGCAGGCAUCAGUCUGUCCCACCAGUCUUGGGCCCGUUGUGUGAACCUGGAAAAGUACCUCUUGUAACCGUGCACCAAGCCGGCUGUUUGUGGUCCCGUAGGCUCUCUCCCGGCAGGGGCAGAAUAUCCCAGUGACAUAGAUACCACGC